CUCAUAGAAAUAACACUUAAAUCAAGUGCCGGGGAAAUCAGCAUUAAAAAUGAUCCAGGUACUGAUUGUUCUCCUAGGUGUCGGUUUGACCAGGGGUCAGUUCUGGCCAGGGGGGUUCAAUCCAUUUCGUAUGUUAGAUGGAGACUUUGGGCCUUUUGACCCACAUGGAAUUAUGCAAAGAAUGAGGAAAACUGACCUCAACAACUUUCCACCCGGAACCAAGAAAGUUUUUAAAGACAGAAAUGGAGAAGGUGCCUUUUUUACGAGUCCAAACGGAAACUCCGGUGGAUUUGUCUUCAGCAGUGGAGGAGGCAGAGGUUUCGCCCUGGGCAGUGGUUUUGAUGGUAGAGCUCCAGACACGGGGUUUGUAAUGACGUCAGGUACUGGAUCCCGUCCCCACAUCUACGAGUUUGGACCUGGUCCAAAGGGGGAACGACGAUUCUUUAAAGAUGGAAACACACAAGGAACAUUUUUCAGAAGCGCAGAUGGAAAUUCUGAAGGUUUCACAUUUACCAGCGGUAAUGGACGAGGUUUUGCUAUGGGAGGAUCCAGUACUGGGGUUGGCCCUGAAGGUGCAAUUGGAGGGGCCUCAUUCACCGGUGGAAGUGCUGGUGUCGGAGCAGGCACCCCUGAAGCUGGAAGUUUUGCGUUCAGUGGUUCUUCCGCUGGAAGUAUACCAAAAAAGAAGACAAAAAAGGUUUAAAAGAGAAUACUAGAGAAAGGAAAAUCUUCUAAAGAAGGAUAUAUUUGUGCUUAGUGUUCAAAACACACUGAAAUUAAAGAAAGUGAUCAACUGCAAAAUGUAAUUACAUAUUAUUUAUAUAAUAUACUAUACUAUGUACAUAUUUUAUUGUUAUGCGGGUCACAUGUUGAUUAGCUAAUUCUAACAUUGGUACCGUUAAAAGAUUAACAUAAGAGGGAUGGUUAAAGAUGUACACAUAAUUUACAAUUAAAUUGGGAGAGGACUAUCUAAGUUUUUAGAACUUGUGUCCAAUCCCUUUGACAUAUUGUCAAUAAAAUAUGUUCAAAACAUUUAAUUGAAGGGUAUUUGCAAUUUUUAAGUAAAAGUUAUUCGACCUACA